AUGCAAUAUUGCACACGUCAUUAUCCAUUAUAUUUUUGUAUUGUACUAACGUUAUUUUUAUCGACCAAUUUAUAUUUUACAUUCCUUUUCACAAAAAAUGAACAUAAAAAUUUUCAUUUUUCCAUAAAUGAUACAACGAAUAUUGCUGAUCGAAUUGUUUUAUUUGUUCGUACAUCACAAAAUUGUCAAUCACGUUUAAAUUAUCUUCUUCAAAGUUGGAUAUCAACGGAUGUAUUAGAACAAUCAAAUUUAUAUUUAAUUACAGAUCGUAUAACAAAUAAAACAAAUUUAACAUUAUUAAAUUCUUUUCAUCAUGUUAUUCAAACACAUUGUCCAGAAACACAUAGUCGUAUGGAUUUAUGUUGUAAAACAGCACAUGAAUUUAAAUUAUUUUAUAGACUAAGUAAAAUAAAAUCAAAUUUAGAAUGGUUGUGUCGUUUUGAUGAUGAUCAUUAUGUUAAUCUUAAUAAUUUAUAUAAAUAUUUAUCUCAAAUAAAUGCUUCAAAACCAUAUUAUAUUGGUCGAACAAGUAUUAAUGAUCGUUUAAAAAUUAGUAGUAGUAAUCGAACAUUUACAUUUGCUACUUAUGGUGCUGGUGUAUGUUUUUCUCAUGCAUUACUACAACAACUUCAUCCUCAUGUUCAUAUUAAAAUUUUACCACGUAGUUGUAUGAAACGUGGACUAUCUGAUGAUGCAUAUAUAGGUUAUUUAAUUGAAUUUAUUCUCAAUGUAUCAUUAACAGUAAACAAUGAUCUAUUUCAUUCUCAUUUAGAAAAACUUGAUAAAUCAUUUCGAAAUUUUAGUUUAGAUGAUUUAUUUCAUGCAAUUACAUUUGGUUUUGCAUGGGAUCGAUAUAAAUUAGAUUGGUUACCAAUAAUUCAUCAAUUAAUCAAUUUAAUUAAUCAAGGUCAAUAUGAAACAGCAAAUCGUUUAUGGUUAUUUUUAAGAAAUUAUGAAAAAGAACAUCCUGAAAAUUUAAAAGAUAAAUAUGAUGAAUCAUGUACAUCAUAUCAACGAUUACGAAAUCAAUCAAUUGAAUUGCAAACGAACAAAAAUAAAAAAAUUAUUCAACAUUUUAAAAAACAUAUUAGAAAACGUUAA